CAAUCAAGUUUCUUCAUUUUUUUCAAGCCUUUUGGUUCUUUUCAUCAUCAUGAUCAUACUCUACAAAUCUAAUAUAACAUAAAGAUCCAUCCCUCCGGCCAAAUCCACAAGAAAAUCAGCCGGAAAGCAUCAUUUGCGUCAUCAUGAAGGCAAGACAACAAGAAAUGCCGGGGGAUCAACACCCGAAGGCUCGAGUUCUUCUUGGCCUCUGGAUUUUCUCCAUUUUUACUCUUUUUAUCAUUUAUCUUGGAUCAAAUGAGGAUGGAUCCGUGUCCAUAACAAACAUAACCCAUAAAUUUUACCGUUACAAGCCAUUACUAUUACCGUCAGAAGCACCCUCAUUGUCGUUGUCACCAACACCAUCACCGUCAUCUAUGCCCAACACUCAGAAAAAGACUCAUUGUAGGGAUGAGUUAGAGGAGGCAUUGGCAGGAGCUUCAACCGAAACCAAUACUGUGAUCAUAACCGUUGCUAAUAAAGCCUACACCGAAGGCGAUAAACCCAUGCUUGACAUAUUCCUAGAUGCCUUUUGGCUAGGAGAAGACACUCGCCCGCUUAAGGAACACCUUUUGAUCGUUGCAGUUGAUCAAACCGCGUACGAAAGAUGCCUCUUUCUAAAACUACACUGCUACAAGCUGCAAACCGAGGGUGUCGAGUUCGACGGAGGUGAGAAGCUGUUCAUGUCGGAGGAUUUUAUAAACAUGAUGUGGCGAAGAACACUUUUUCUUGGAGAUGUUCUUAAACGUGGUUACAACUUUAUUUUCACGGAUAUGGAUAUAUUGUGGCUAAGGAAUCCAUUUCCACAGCUAACAAUAGACAAAAGCUUGGACCUUCAAAUAAGCGUGGAUCGCUUCAACGGUGAUCAAUGGUCGGAUAACAAUCCGAUCAACACAGGUUUCUACAUGAUCAGAUCAAACAAUAAUACCAUUGCAUUGUACGACGAAUGGUACGCAGAGAAAGAUAAGUCAGCAGGGAAGAAAGAACAAGAUGUUUUAUAUGAUUUAAUGCGAAAUGGCGCUUUUACAAGGUUAGGCCUUCGAGUUAGGUUUUUAGACACCAUGUUUUUCAGUGGAUUUUGUCAAAAUAGUAGAGAUGUUAUGGAGGUUUCAACUGUUCAUGCGAAUUGUUGUCGGAGCAUUAAAGCGAAAGUCACCGAUCUGAUGAAGGUUCUUCAUGAUUGGAAGAAGUUUAAGGCUUACACCGAUGAUGAUGAUAUGUGGGAAUUUCAGUGGUCCGAUCACACAGCGUGUCGGGACUCAUGGAACACUGACGCUAUGACUCUUUGAGCGCAAUCUUUUGGA